GCCACCUCAGCCUCGCGGUGUCCCCACGGGCACUCGCCGCUCGCCGUCCUGCGCACGCAACUUGCCCCUGGCCCGCGGACCGUCCCGCACGCCCGUCAGAAACUCCCAGAACUAUGUUGAAUAAGAGUGGUGAAAGCAGAUAUCCUGCCAUGUUCCCGAUCUUAGGGGGUUCAUCCAUGAGCUCAGAUUUCCCACAUUACAACUUCAGGAUGCCUAAUAUCGGGUUCCAGAAUCUGCCUCUCAACAUAUACAUUGUGGUUUUUGGCACUGCUAUAUUUGUCUUCAUCCUUAGUUUACUCUUCUGUUGCUACUUGAUUAGGCUAAGACAUCAAGCACACAAAGAAUUUUAUGCCUACAAACAGGUUAUACUAAAAGAGAAAGUAAAAGAACUGAAUUUACAUGAGCUCUGUGCGGUGUGUCUGGAAGACUUCAAGCCUCGAGAUGAGUUGGGGAUCUGUCCAUGUAAGCAUGCCUUCCACAGAAAGUGCCUUAUUAAGUGGCUGGAGGUUCGGAAAGUGUGCCCCCUGUGCAACAUGCCAGUUCUGCAGCUGGCCCAGUUGCACAAUAAGCAGGACCGUGGGCCCCCCCAGGGGCCCCUCCCUGGGGCAGAGAACAUUGUAUAGCUCACUGCAAGGAUGAGAUGGUUGGAUACAUCCAUGGAGCCAGGAAGAACAGGAGCAGGCUCCAUCCUCGCUGCUCUCUGCCUCAGGCACCAGCUGCCACUUCCUUUGCCUCGUGAACUUGUGGGCCAGCCAAGCUGGGAAUUUUGGCAUCUGGGUCUUGUGACAACCAAAGCACUGACAACCCCACGCCAAGACAAGUGGAUGAGCCUACAGGUUUGGUUCCAGAAACUUCCAUGAGCAUCUCUGGCUAACUCCAUUACACUCUUUUAACUCCCAGACACUUACCUCCAUUUCAAGGCAAAUCAUUAUCAAACAGAAGGGAAGAUAAAUACAGGUGUUGGGGCCAGGGGUUGCAGGCAGGUCUUUGCAGCCCAACCCCUGUGGAUGGCUAAGCAGCCAUGCAGGUCUCCAUGCCUUUGUAGCCACAAACCCUCCUGAUGGCCCUGAGCCAAGUGAGACCAGCAGUUCCGUCGGCUGAACAGUAGUUCGUGAGACAGUGCCCACAAGACUUUUCAUGUUGUAAGGCCAUCUAGGACCCCAAGGGCUCUGGGUACAACAGCAGCAGUGUCCCCACACUACUCCCCACCUCCAGUUUACAACUCGUACUAUCAAGUCAUCUAAGCUGAAACAUUCAAUGCACUUGGAAAGGCUUGGUCAGGAGCCAUUUCCUCUUUUAUCAUUUCCCCCUCCUUUUAAAACACCAGUUAAACCUAUUAGGAGCCCCAGUAGGGGCUUGUCCUGAGCCC